GAACACUAAAUCGUAUUGAUAAAACCUCUUGCACCACAACCGCAGUCGCCAUUUUGUUUUUAAGGCCCAUCUUACGGAAAGACAAAAUAACACAAAUUAUCACGUUGGACAGUUACCUGAUGAAAACAAUGACUUUACUUUAUGAUAUCCAUUCAGUUGAUAUUAUUGGCCUCGUGAAUGCAAUGGAGAAUGGACCUUUUUCUGAUCCUCUGAGAGAGCAAGAUUGGUGAAAACUGACCAGGCUAACCAGUUUUACUGAAAUGGAAAGGGUGUACCGUGACUGUUUAGUGAUUUAACGACGGAUUGCCAAACCCAAACGAUUUUUCUCGAUGUUGAAGAUGGGCAGAUGCAUGAUCGUUCCCUGUUGACGACCAUCGACCAACCUAAGCGAUGGCAACCUAUCACUGCUGCAUCGGCAGCUGAUGAUGAUCAUUUUCUUUCAUCUUUUUUCCUCUCAUUUACAGUAUCACAUCCGCCCAAUCCCCCUUAUUGAUGAUUAUUACGUUCUCAUUAUCAUUGCUGCAUUAUAUAGUUUUGUCAAUUUUUUUCAAGUUAUGUAAAUAUUUCCAUAUAUAUUCAUUGUGGUUUCGAUUUAUUUUCAUAUUCUUUAAUGAUAUUGUAACGAUAAUUAUUGGCUAUUGACUAUAUUUUAACCAAUUAUGUUCAUUAUCAUGCAUUUUUAUUUUCUAUGUUCUUAUCAUUCUUUCUUUACCCCUUCAUUCCCAUCCUCCAGCAUUGCCAAUUCCGCUGCUUAAAAUAGCGCAUUGCGUCAUCCAUGCGAGAGUCGAUUUACUUUUGCAUGUUAUCUCUUUUAACAAAUAUAUUGACUUUUAAGUAUGUCCAUCGAAAUCGGGCCGCCAAUUUGUAUCUUGGAUAAUCCAUGUGUGCGCGGUACUUGUAGCGGUGAUGAUUUCGGGACAGAUGACUUUCAAUGCGACUGUACUGGGACUGGUUACCAAGGAAUAAACUGCACUACAGAUUACGAUGAAUGCGCAAAUGAUGACCAUUCCUGUGAUCCCGUCUCUGAGAGAUGUUCGAAUACAAUCGGUUCUUAUGACUGCGUGUGUGCACCUGGCUUUGAAGAUAAUAGUGGAACUUGCGAUGAUAUCAAUGAGUGUACUGAUGGAACUGACGAUUGCUUGUCGUCACAAGUUACGUGUGUAAACAUACCGGGGAAUUAUACGUGCGACUGUGACGCAGGCUAUGAGGGAGAUGGCCGUAACAGCGGCACCGGGUGUAGCAAUAUUGAUGAAUGCUCUGAAGGAACGGAUACCUGUCACUACAGAGCGUCGUGUACAGACAGCGUAGGGAGCUACGUAUGCGUAUGCAAUGCUGGAUACACCGGAGAUGGUGAAUCAUGUAGCGACAUGGAUGAAUGUAAUCUUGGAAUUGACAACUGCCUGUCUGGUCUUUCUCAAUGCCAAAAUGGUAUCGGCACUUUCUCAUGUGCGUGUGUCAACGGUUACGACGGUGAUGGUGUCAACAAUUGUACAGAUAUCGAUGAAUGUGGUGGAGGCACUGAUUCCUGCCACUCCCAGGCCAUGUGUAAUAACACAGUUGGUUCAUACGUCUGCACAUGUAAUGACGGGUUCUCUGGAUCAGGCUGGGUAUGCAGCGAUAACGAUGAGUGUACAUUAGGUACUCAUAACUGUCUGAACAAUACUGGGAACUGCACCAACACAUACGGAUCCUUUGAUUGCGCUUGCAAUAGCGGAUAUCAUGGUGAUGGUGUCACUUAUUGCAAUGACACUAAUGAAUGUGUGGAAGAAAUCGAUAACUGUCACCCAACCUUUGCCAAUUGCAACAAUACCAUCGGAGACUUCAUCUGUACCUGUUUUGCUGGUUACUCUGGAAAUGGAGUCAGAUGUGAAGAGAUCAAUGAAUGCAUAGAUUACAACGUGACAUGCUCUUUUGUGGGAACUUGCAUUGAUCUCAUCGAUGACUACAUAUGUGAUUGUGAAUAUGGCUACUGGGACAAAAACUGCGACAAAGAUGCGGCCUACCUAUAUACUUCGAAUUACUUUUCCGGUUCUCUAUACUGGUCUUUUGAUACCUUCAAUGAAACUGGCGAUAGUAGUUACCCAAACCAAAAUGUCAACAUGAGCAUGUACAACGCCAUCCCUGGAUUGGCCGUACUACAGAACUACUCCAUCUCGGGUAAUUCCAUUCGAACCCGUUUUAACGGCACCGACGAUUGCAUAGACUUUGGAGAUUUUACUGGUUCAUGCUACAGCGAUCCUAGUCUCUGCACAGAAGGUUUUGCCAUGUCAAUCUGGAUCCGUCUAACUGAGGAUGAAAUAAAGGAAUCCGGUCCAGUGUAUAUCAUGAGUAGUGGAUUGCCUGAUGCUCGUGGAUUUGGUAUCUACCGUGAAACCAGGAAGAUAACUGUGAAAGUGAAUGACGGAUCCACCACAUUCUCUGUAGAGUUAAAUAACCUGAUGCCUGCAGACCUUUGGAAGAAUUUAGGAUUUGCUUGGAGUUCUACCCACGGUUUGUCUGUGUUUCUUGAUAGAGCAAGAGUAGGAAAUGACCCCUCCGGUAGCUCCACCGGUCUGAGUGAUGUUCUCAACACGAUGACCUUGGGUUGCCGGUAUAACGGGGGUGCCUUUACUGCUCACUCCACCGGUAUGUUUGAUGAACUCUUCCUUCUCCCGAGAUGGAUCAAUACAACAAAUGAACUUAUCUGGCUCAUGGGUGGAUGGGACGAGGACAACUGUGUGAUUGAGCCGUGUGUCUAUGGAGACUGCUAUGAUGCGGGGAUGGCUGCUUAUAUCUGUGACUGCUACCCUGGAUACAAUGAAACUCAUUGUGAUACGGAAAUUGAUGAAUGCGAAUCCUUCCCAUGCCAGAAUGGAGGUACAUGCACAGACUGGGUAGCCUACUACACAUGCGAGUGUGCAUUUGGAUACACUGGCUAUAGCUGUGAGAAAGAUUUGUCUCCCAACUACGAUUAUUCUAACGUCAAGAGCUUGAAAGCACAAUUUCUUUUGAUCACACCAGAGAUCAAUCCGUACUACGCGACGGUAGCCGAUCACUACUUUCCCCUCAACAACCUUGGUGAGUUGGACAUCACUGGCCUCAACGUCUCUGCUGCCUUUGGACGUGCUGAGCUAGGCCUCUACCCAUCCAUUGAUGGAGCAGACACCUAUGUUGAGAUCGCGAACUUUACAGACGGGUGCCUGAGCGACCCUAGCCUAUGCCCGCUUGGGUUCACGCUGGCCUUCUGGUUUCACAUGAAUGAAAAGCCGACAGAUAUGCAGGAAGGAAUGAUCUUCUCCACUGCCGGCCCGGUCAACGGGGAGAGGGUUGGGAUCAACAUUGCACUCUCUGGCAAGAAGGAGGUUGUUAUAGAGGUGUGCGAUGGCUCAACUCUCAGUAAAGUGACAAUACCCAGGACGGCACUCGCAUUCAAGAACUGGCUUCAUUUGGGGGUUUCCUGGUCUGAUGGUCAGGGCUUGAUCGUGUAUCUUGGUGGGAAGACGUAUUCUACAGAACCGACAGUAACUAGCGCAAAUGCAGUUAAUACUUACGACACCAUGACCCUUGGCUCCUUGUUCGGCUCUAAAGGUUCAGCGGUCUCUGUUGUGUUCAAUGAUCUAGUUAUCUGGGGAUGUGCGGUCAAACCAUAUGAGAGACACAUUCUCUUUGGAAUGACACAUCGAGAGUUUGCAAUGAUCGAGACUUCGGACCACUACUGGACGAGUGAUGGGUAUGUGCGGCGUGAUUGGACAACGCUUGCCGAUUACAUGCCCGAGUAUGCAGCCAACAUCCACCCCAUGGACCGAGCUGGUGAGGCUGAUGUCAUCUUGGGACAUGGACGAGAUGAGAAGGGACAGUCAGUUAUGGUACUUGGCGAUGGAGACGGCUGGCUGUUUUUUGGGGACUUUGCUGGGCAGUGCCUGAGCAACGCACACAAAUGCUCCGAUGGGAUCUCAGUAUCGACUUGGGUUAGACUCUCACAGGUCUUCGACAACGAAACUCAUUUCUUGAUUAGUUCGGGAGAGCAGGUUACCCGCGGAUUUUCAAUCUACCAGCGAGACGUGGAUCGCCUUGGAGCGGCUGUCUCUGACGGCUCCACCAGAUGGGUGACAGAGAUUGUUCACAUCCCCUUUAUCCAGUAUGAAGACAACAUGACAGUGACCGAUGCACCAAUGUUUGACUUCAUGGGAGAAUGGACCAACCUUGGGUUGACAUGGACAAAAGACCAGGGUCUAUUCUUCUACAUGAAUGGACGGGUGGUGGCCCACGAUCCCAUCGGCUACCAGAAGUUCCGCAACAGUGAUUUUGAGACCUUACUGAUCCUGGGCAGGAGGAACGACUUCCUGGGCCACGCAAGUAAUAUCUCCUUUGAUGAGUUGGUCAUCGCCGAAAGAAAGAUGGAGCCCUAUGAAUACCGCGAUGCCUUUGCCAAAAUGGACAAUCUCCAAUAUAUGGAUGCAUCAUACAAAUGGACUCCACUGGAUCUCAUCAGUGGAAAUCCUCAUGUUCUUAGUACUCAUAAUCUCCCACAAGGCUUUGUCUUUAACGGCACCGCUUACCCACGUCAAGGUUACAUAGGUCCCACCUCAAAUAUAACCCUUGAAGACGAUUGGACCGUCAACCUGCCUGGUUACCCAGACUACAUCACACUGGGCGAUUUCAGGGAGACAUUCAUCAGCAAACCUACCGGUAAAGGUCUCAGUGUAUCAUUCUGGGCCAAGCUCCAUUUUGAAGCCGAACCAUCGCAAAACGAUGCACACAACGUGGUGGUCAACCCGCCAUCAGCGAAUGACACAACCACAUUGCCGCCACCCACAACCCCAUCCCCGCCGGCAGAAAAGCAGUAUCUUAUGAGUUCUGGGGGACAAGGUUCCCAUAAAGGAUUUAACAUAUUCUUAGAGGGAAAGGGCUUGAACUUUGUGAUCGAUGACGGUGAGACAAUGUCAUGGAAACGAAUAAACACAGAUACGAUAUCAUCUGAUGCAUGGACGAACAUUGCCUUCACGUGGCAUCGAAGCGAGAAGUUCAUUAUCUACAUCAACGGAAAGGAAAUCACACCAACCGAUACCAUCGUCAGUGUGUCCUCCUGUUGCCCAGGCAACCAGACACUCUUUACCAUUGGACGAGGAAUGAAAGAGAAUUCGGAAUAUGCCACCUUCAAACUUCAUAAUCUUGUGAUCUGGGAAAAAUACAUACAUCCGCAGCAUGUGCAUAGACUAUUAGGAGUGACUAGUACAGAGAAAUACUACAUGGACUUGUCUGACUUUUACUGGCCCUUUGAUCCACCGGCGGAUUUCCCCUUCCCGGUGCUUGGCUUUGAAGGCGGAACUCGCCUGAUGGACGAUCGCCAUCACUUCGGUCGCAGCGCUUACCUGGACGGCAAGAACGACUAUGUGAGACUGCGCGACUUCGGCAAGUCACAUUGCGUGACAAACCCAGCUAGGUGUGUCAACGGUAUGGCCAUGGGCAUGUGGGUGAAGUUGAGGGAUAUCCCCAGCAGCGAGAAGUGCCUCCUCACUUCUGGUGCAGACGUUGCAGGAGAACGUGGUGUGGCCUUCAUCCAAACACCGGACUAUCUCAAGGUCAUGGUCAGUGAUGGCCGACAAUCUUGGCUGGUGGAGAAGUUCUUAGACAAAGAUCUCUUUGGCGUAUGGCUAUACCUUGCAUUCCGGUGGCAUUCAGAAUCUGGUCUUAAGUUGUUCAUCAAUGGACGCAAUGAAGGCGAAAAGGAGUCGGGUACAGAAGAUGAACGAUCUUCGUUGGUCCAGACCGAACUUCUUCUUGGUCGGUGUAGUUACAGUGCUUCAUCUAAUGGCUACCUCGAGGCACAUUACGAUGAUGUCGUUAUCAUCAUACCAUCUGCUGACCAAUCACAGCCCGGGGCUUCCGAGCUCCAUGGUGAUCCAAUCUGCACUGGAUAUGUAACCCCUGAUCUCUAUUUCAACUUGACCUCACCUGAUAGUGGAGUGACGCUCUAUGAUACCAAGGCUGUCAAGAGAUUCACCAAGUAUGGAGGUGACAAGAGAGGUGUUUCUUUGUUCCACAGGUCCACCAGUCGAGGCUUAGUAGAUGUUGGUAAUUUCCGGCAGGGCUGUUUGAGCUCUCCUUCUAGCUGUCUCAGAGGGGUGACCAUCUCAUUUUGGAUGAGACUUCUGAACAUUGACAACCUUGAUGAUCCUGUUCUUAAUCCACAAAGAAAGGCCUAUAUUCUCAGUUCUGGUGCACAGGACAUCAAUUCCACAGGCUUCGUUAUCUUGACAAACAACGAGACGACCACGGUUGAAGUUAGAACCGAGCAUCGUCAUUGGAAGAAACACUUCUUGCUCGGUUUCAUUGAUGAGUGGACAAACCUGGCUUUGACGUGGAGUAGGCAAGAUGGACUAUCUUUCUUUGUGAAUGGAGAAUACCAAUAUGAAUACGAUCUCCCAACGACAAUCAGUACCUACAAUUCCACGUACAACGCCACGACGACGAACGCUCCGACCACAACACCCAUCCCAACGACCACCGAAGCGACAACAACGGUCGUUACCACUCAACCUAUGACCACGGUAGGGAACAUCACCAACGGCACCACUCCAGGCAAUGUAACUUUCCAAUACACCACUGACCAAACGACCACGCCCUUCAUUGAGCGGGAAACCACUCUGGAGGUGACAACCACGCCCAUCUGGACCACGCCUUAUCGAUGGAGCACACGGGAGAACGACACUUAUUCUCAUCUCGUGCUUGGGGCUAGGAAUGAUCUCAACGAGGGUUACACCAGAGCGGAGUUUGCCGAUCUGGCUGUCUGGUAUGAUGCCAUUGAUAUGUUAAAUCCAGAGCUGGCGAAGAUGGUCAUGGGGCAAGAAUGUCAUGAAAUUGUGGUGACUGACAACCAUGAAGAAUUAGCAGGUUAUGAAGUAUGGACUGGGACCAUUGAAUGCGAUGACCGCCAUCUUGCAGACUGCACUGACAACCUUGACAGUUUCUUUGAAGUGGUCUCAAAGGCAUCGUUUGAAGAUCCGACCGUCUAUGAGAUUGCAAAGGUUCGUCUGAAGAACUAUACCCAUACUGGUACCUACAUGACGGUAGAUCAGAUCAAGAUGACAACGGUUCUUCUAGAGAAGGCCCUGACGAGGACUUUGCCUGAGACGAUGAUGCCUGAGGAAGCACAGAGUGAUAUGGAGGAUCUUCUAACCGUGACUAGCAACUUAUUCAGUGAGGAACGUCAGCGGCGCUGGACUACUAUUCAUCAGGCCCGUCGACGUCGAAGUAGCUUCACAACAGACAGUGCUUUGGGAAUUGCUGUUAAACUUGAAGACUAUCUCAUGGGAAUGGCCAAGAUUGUUGAAGGGGAGAACGGGACUUGGACUGGAGUCAAUAUGACUAUUUCUACAGACAACAUUGUCAUUCAGGUGGACAGAUAUCGAGCCGAUGAUGUCAUUCCAGGCACCAUCUAUCAAUUCCCUGACUAUACCAAAUCAGAGUUCCAGUAUGAUCCAGGCCCAAAUAGUUCAUCCAUACCCCUCGCAGCAGAUCAGAUUACUUUACCAAGCAAUGUAUAUGACUACAUUCCAGCAAAGCGAGAUAACAAUGGAAUAAUUACCAUGGUUGGUAUCAUGUUCCAUACCUUGGAUGAGAUUCUCCCAAUCAUCAGCAGUGAAGAUGAAAUCUAUAAGGACUCUAUGAAAGUAAAUAGUCGCAUCAUAUUCCUUCGAAUUAAUCCUCCUCUCCGCAAGAGUCUAUACAACAAGAUUGUCAUGCAGUUUGAACAUAAGAAGCCUCUAACUGACAGCGAUGAACCAUACUGUGUCUUUUGGGAUUUUAGUGUUCGGUACACCAAGGAAGGGGCUUGGAGUAUGAGAGGGUGUACACUGGAAGAAAGUAACGAUACUCAUACCACAUGUCAUUGUGAUCACCUGACACACUUUGCCAUCCUGACACAGGAUAAAGACCCUGUGGUCGUGUCAAUUCAUGCUAAGUACUUGCAGUAUAUCACAUGGGGAGGUAUUGUCUUGUCUCUGAUUGCCCUUAUCCUUCUUCUACUCAUCUUCAUAUCUGUUGGAGAUAUCCAUAACAUCCGUAACUCCAUCCACAUCAACAUGAUCUUAUCAAUGGUUUUUGCCAAGAUCACCUAUAUAGUCCUUGAUUUUCUAGACCCCUCAGCUAUAGAUUGGAUUACCUGUAAGGCGAUUGCCUGUGUGAUGCAGUUUUUCUAUACAGGUGUAUUCAGCUGGAUGCUAAUCCAAGGUGUUCAUCUAUUGGUGGAGACUUGCAACCCUAAGAAUAUCCCCUACAAGGAGAAGUUCAGAUACUACUUUCUUAUUGCAUGGGGUAUUCCCUUCAUGAUUGUUGGUACCUCAUUUGCCCUGGCACAUCAAGGUUAUGGUACAACAGAGGAAUGCUGGUUGACCUUUCAAAAUAAUGCAUUAUGGAUCUUUCUGGGUACAAGUCUGUCAAUAAUAUUCAUCAACAUGAUAAUUGUGGUGUUUGUUUACUGUACGACCUCUAAACAAUCAAGACGUUCAGACCCACUGAAAGCAAGAAAGGCAAGCUUACGAGCCACAGCCAUCGUGCUACCCCUACUUGGUAUCACAUGGUCACUGUCUGUCGUUGAAGUCAAAUAUGGUCUCAUUGAACUUACCUAUGUGUUCACUGCAUUGCAUGCAUUGCAGGGAUUAUUCAUAGCAAUAUUUUAUGGUGUCUGCAAUCCGGAGGUACGCCUUGCCUUCAUGGGAGCUGACUUUCAGGUGGAAUUGUCUAAAGUUGAAGAAACUAGAACAGUGACACCAGAACCAGAAGAGCUGGAGUUGGUUCAACUUGCUAAACCUUCAUAUAAAGCAUAGCGUGCUUGAUGCCAUCCUCACAUCUGGUUGUUUGGAGCCUGAUUCUUAUUUAAACUCUCCAAGCAAAUUUUAGGGAGAAAACAACCAUCUUACCAGCCUUUUCAAGAUUCCACAAUCCUCAGUCUUCACCCAUAAUUAGCUGUUGUGAGCUUCAAGAGGGAUAUUUCAUCAAGUAAAACCUAUGGAGUUUAGUUUGCUUCAUUUAGGAUUUUUUUUCAUCAUGCAGUAAUUUUCCUAAAUUAACAAUUAUCUGAAUUGCAUGUGUUCUGAUUGAAUAUUAUUUAGCUGUCCAAAUUAACACUCCAUCUCAAAAACAAAUUGAGAACAUCAACAUUUGUUUCCUAAUUACUUGUAGCCUUGUGGCCAGGAAAAAUAUAUUGUUGAAAAUUUUAUCUUUUAUGCAUGUAGGUAUACCAAGUUCGCAAUUGUAUUAAAAAUGACAUCGUAAUUGAUAUAUUUUUUGUAUCUUAUAGAAAAGUGCCAAUAGUUUUCCUUUCAUGUCAUACAUAUAAGUAAAAAUAAUUACAAGGUUAAUAUGUAUAUCAAAUGUCAAUCAUUAAAAAUAUUUUAUGUAAAAAUAAAAGUAGAUUGUAUGUCUGUUCCGUGCAACUACAGUCUCAGUUCUUAUCAAGCUAGAACAUGGACAUGGAUUUUGAUAUUUUAUUUUGUAAAUUAGGAAUUAUAUUUUCUGACAGGUUGUCAACAACCAUAUGAAUAAAUUUGUUAAUUUAAACCAAA